CCUGCUGCAGUGAGCAACUUGGCAACCUAGCCCAGCGACUGAGACUUCUGGCCAAGUCUUUAUCCCGGCCGUCCGAUCGCGUCCCGGCCCCCUUGACCGAGCCUUUUCUUUUCCGCCGCCUCCCAACGUCCAUUACGGUACUUGCGGCAGGUUGGAAAAAAACACAGACUGGCCUAAAAAUGUCUUGUCUCAUCGCGUCGGGACGCAGAGGCCCAACCGACGCCCAGGCCCCCUCCCUCUUUGCCGAGACGUCUCGUGACCUGGCCAGCACAGCACACAGGCGCAGUGCUGAUUGAGGAACGGGGGCUGCUGUGUCACCAACCUGCCUGCCCUCCCCCUCCUCCGUCCAUCGGCGGCGCCGCCCCCAUCGGCACCCGUCGACACCCCCUUCGGCUGCCAGCCAGCCAGGUGAGACAGGCGCACUGCGCUGAAGCGCCCAGCGUGGCUCGCCCAGCGCAUUUGUUUCGCUUCCUCGUCUCGGCUGAUUGAUAAAGGCCACUUACAGUUUGUCAAAGGCCCUCGAUGGCGUAACCGGCGCCUCGUGAUUUGCUGGCCCCGAUUUUCCCUCCUUUGGUGGGCCGCCUGCAGGCUUGUCAGGAUGCCACAAUCAUUAGCUCACCACAUGCCAGAAUCCUCUAGUGAUCGGAGCCCACCGGAGGCACAUUGACGAGGCGUGCUGGGCCCCCUAAAACCAUCCAUCUCCGUACUACUCCGUACCGUGUACCAGAAACGGAGGGGCGGUCCGUUCGGCCCACGCCCCUUCGGCCACCCCCAGCGCCCACCCAGCCCUUACUCGGCGCCCCGUUCCAGCACCGCUGCGGCCCAAAAGCCCUCGGCUUCCACUUGUUGGUCUUCGCCGCCUCCGACUCGAUUCGCUUGACGCUUCACACUUCACUUUUUAACCUCCCCCCUCUCCCUCCCCAACCGGCACCUCCGCUCAUCCAUUGUCGCCGUUCCUGAUAUCUGGGCUGCUAUCCACGCCUGGUUCGCGAUUGAUGCCCCUUCCUUUUUGAUCGUUGUCAAACUCUGCAUGCAGCGACCGUACCGACAUGCUCAAACGCCCCUAACGAGCCUUCGACACGCGCUUCUCACCCACUUUACGCCUACCCCUCAACAUCCUCAAUUCCAUCCGCUGCCCGCUGUCUCUUCCCACCAAACCACCAUCUAUACGCCCGCGAUGCCGAGUGCGACGCCGGUCCAGGACAUUGUGUCCUCGACCUCGGACUGUAUCCCUGCCGAGCCCAAGGCGCCCUCGAUCGCCCCCUCUCUCACAUAUUCGGACGAGUCCGACGACCAAGAGGAACUCGUCCACGUCGACCAUACACGCCGCCGUCGCGCCUCGACGAGACUGAUUGCCCAGAAUGCUCGUGACAUUCAGCGCAUCACCGGCGAGACGACCGCCGAGUUUGUCGGCCGAUGCUGUGGCGGUGGCUGCUGCUUGAUGGGCAGCUCCCGGCGCACUGGCAUUGACUACGAGCCCGUUCACGAGCCCACAAACGAGGCAUACCAGUCUCUUGGCCUACACAUCAACGAGAUUCCCAUCAAUUUGACAGGCAUAGCGGAGCUGCCCGAGAAGACGGUGUCAUUCAAGUCGAUUCCUCAACCGCGCAGCAUGCCGUCGCCUAGCGACUCCGCCAUAUCCCUCGGCUCCGAGCGUGACUCCACACACGUCACAGGCACGGCGCAGGAUAAGCAAGCAUCGAGGCAUGAUCUGGGCUUCGUCGACACAUCUAUUCAGCCACCACGCUUUGUGCAACCUCAUCCGCCAUACCACGUGUAUCCGGCCCGCAUUCACACCAGCCGCGAGCUGACCAAGGUCGGGGCUGAAAAGCGCACCUACCACUUCGACCUCGACAUUACCGAUUAUCCCGUCGAGGACGGCACCGACUUCAAGGUCGGCGGCGCCAUUGGUGUCAUGGCGCCCAACUGCGACAUUGUAGUCGAUGACGUCUUGGAUGCCCUGAUGGUUCCCCGCUUCCAACGCGACAAGCCCGUCCUGCUCGUGACGAGCAAGGGUCGAUGGCCAACAGUCUGGGGCGACGACCAGCCGCGAGAGUUGGUCACCACCCGGCGAGACUUGCUCACCUGGUGCACGGAUCUGCAGUCCUACCCCCCCACCAAGCCUCUUCUCCGGGUCCUGGCUGAGCACGCCAGCGCAGAGAACGAGAAGAAGAUCCUGACGUUCCUCUGCUCCGCCGAGGGCCAGGGCACUUUUUGCGACUUCCGCACCGGGCCACAUAUGACCAUUUCGCAGCUCCUGCACGCUUUCCCCAGCUCUCAACCUCCCUUGGACGAAUUGCUCUCCUGCCUCCAGCCUCUCAUGCCGCGAUUCUACUCCCUCUCCAAUGACCCCCAUGAGUCAUACCAGAUGCGGGAUCAGAAGCAGCAUCGCCUCAUCGAGAUCGCUGUCACAGUGCACGAGACCAAUGACUGGAAGCGAGGAUGUCGCACCGGCGUGGGCUCAGGGUACUUUGAGCGUCAGGCCCAGCGCUUCCUCAAGGCGCAAAAGGCCGGGCAGAAGAACCCCGAGUUCUACAUUCCCAUGUUCAAGGGGCUCAUGGCGAACCCUCUGGCCACGCAGUUCAACUCGGAGGGGCCGAUGCUCCUCAUUGGCGCCGGUGUGGGGAUCGCCCCCUUCCGAGGCUUCGUCCAGCGCCGGCUGAAGCAGGCCAACUGCGCCAACAAGGUUUGGGUUCUUCAGGGCGUUCGCGACUCGCUGCUGGACGAGAUUUACAGCGGCGAGUGGGGCGUGCACGAGGACGAGGUCAAGCGUGUCGUGCAGAGUCGCCGCGGCGAGGGCCGGUAUGUGCAGGAAGAAGUCCGCAACCAAGCAGACCUUGUUUGGUACAUCAUCAACGCCGUCGACGGCCGCGUCUUCGUCUGCGGUAGUUCCAAGGGCAUGGGCGAGGGCGUCGAGGAGGCGCUCAUCGACGUGGCCACUGCCAAGGGCAACCUCGAGCGUGAGGAGGCUCGCAACUUCUGGCAGCUGAAGAAGGAGGCGGGACAGUACAUUGCAGAGACUUGGUAAUGCGGCUGCCCGCCGCACAGCAUUUAUCACGGAUUCUUCCACCUCGGAGGUUGUAUCAGCGGUUUCACUGGGGCACAGCACGCCGAUUCUGCUGGGCAUGUUAUGGUAUUGGGACAGAGACAUCACGCAUGUUAGAAAACACGGGCGCAAGCAUUGGCUCGAAGACAUUACGGGAGUUUCAGGGUACGGAGUCAAUUGGUUGCCAUUUCUGGACGAAUGGAUGGUACAGCAACGUCUGGCGGACUUUUAUCGUCGCGGAGAGUGUGCGGGGGCAGCCGCGAACAUGUCUGGCGUCAAGGCACCGCGCCUUUGUUUCCCAACACGCGAGGGGAUUGUUGGAGGAAGAGAAGGAGGAGCAACAAGUCGAUAGCAAAUGCUCAGCAGUUGUCGAGAUAUCACCGGUUGACGUUCAUUUGCGUGCCCGACUUUGGCGGAACGAUGCUUGACGACAUAGUGGUGCCAGAUGCCGCUACGCCCGCCAUGGAUGGGACGGGCCUGUGAUUGUUCAACGUGGCAAAGGGCGCCUAAUGCAGGAGCAGAGUCCCUUGGCCGAUGUCAACAUCUGGUCCAUGACGUCCCUGAACCGGGAUCCCCGUACCAUUUCGUAUAUGUAUGCCGGCGCACGCGCGGUUGGGUGUGCGGACCCGAGGCUUCACUGGCUCCCCUCAUCAUCGCGGCGCCGGGAAGGGGGUGUGGGACCCUGGGAGGCGUCUCCUGCAGCGGUGCGGCGGGGGAACAACCAUGUCUAUUCCCAGCACGAAAAGAUGCCGGACGGGGCCAUUCCGAGGGGGUGAAUCCCGG